UUGUCUUAGCAUUGCUCAUAAAUCUGGUGAGGUGGAGGAAAGAAGAGUUUUAAUCCUGAAGUGUGAGAGGAGAUGGAUCUCAAACAUCGUUGUGUGCAACUAAACGAUGGUCGCUUCAUUCCUGUACUGGGACUUGGCACCUAUGCACCAGAAGAGGUUCCAAAGAGUAAAGCACUGGAGGCCACCAAGUUAGCUAUUGAUGCUGGGUUUCGCCAUAUUGAUUCUGCCCUUCUGUACGGAAAUGAAGAGGAGGUUGGACAGGCCAUUCGGAGCAAGAUUGCAGAUGGCACUGUGAAGAGAGAAGACAUAUUCUACACUUCAAAGCUUUGGGUCACUUUCCUUCGACCAGAGUUGGUCCGACCAGCCUUGGAAAGCUCCCUGAAGAAACUUCAGCUGGACUAUGUGGACCUCUACAUUAUUCAUUUCCCAGCAGCUCUGAAGCCUGGAGAGGAACUUCUUCCAAAAGAUGAACAUGGAAAAUUCAUAUUCGACACAGUGGAUCUCUGUGCCACGUGGGAGGCCCUGGAGAAGUGUAAGGACGCGGGAUUGACCAAGUCCAUCGGCGUGUCCAACUUUAACCACAAGCAGCUGGAGAGGAUCCUGAACAAGCCAGGUCUCAAGUACAAGCCUGCCUGCAACCAGGUAGAAUGCCACCCUUAUCUCAACCAGAGAAAGCUGUUGGACUUCUGCAAGUCAAAAGAUAUUGUGCUUGUGGCCUACAGUGCUCUGGGAUCCCACCGAGAAAAAAAGUGGGUGGACCAGAACUCGCCUGUUCUCUUGGAUGAUCCAGUGCUUUGUGCUAUGGCCAAAAAGCACAAGCGCACCCCAGCCCUGAUUGCCCUUCGCUACCAGAUCCAGCGUGGGGUCGUGGUCCUGGCCAAGAGCUUCAGUGAGAAGCGGAUCAGAGAGAACAUGCAGGUUUUUGAAUUCCAGUUGACACCAGAGGACAUGAAGGUCUUAGAUGGACUAAACCAAAACAUGCGCUAUAUCAAUGGUCAAUUUGUCAUUGGCCACCCUGAGUAUCCAUUUACUGAAGAAUAUUAGCACAGAACCCUGCACCAUGCUUUCUACCAGGAGCUCCUGUGUGUGCCAAGUGAUGCGGGAAACUUCUCACAUGCUGCUGAUUAGAGACAUCGCCUCGGGUUAAAUCCAUGCUGCUGAGCAACUCACACUCAACUAGACUCAAGUCUGUAGGAAAGGCAUUAAACUCUUCUUGCUUUGUGAAAAAAUAGGAUUUAAUUUUUCGCUAAGAUUCUUACCUGCUCCAGUCUCUGUCUCCAUUACUUCUGUUUUGGCUCCUUUUUU